AUGCAGCGAGGGCGGGUCCACGUCCCCUGUUUUUUUUUAUUGACCGUCUCGCAGGCUUGCACUUUCCCUGCUGGCCAAAAUGCAUUAAUAGCCGUUAGGGCACCGUUCUUCACAUCCUGGAUUGCAACUUGGCUGGCUCCCUUCUCCAGCUCCCUCUUUCUACCCGUCUCCUCCACCGCAGUCAUGUCGCGCGCAAUCGACAAAUUCCCCGACCCGCCCGUCAAGCGGCCCACCAAGAUCAUCGGCAUGGGCUGCAGCCGCACCGCGACCCUGGGCCUGUACAAGGCCCUCAGCAUCCUGGGCUACAACACCCUCCACAUGAUCGUCAUCAUCAACGGCGAUGCCGGCGGCAAGCACCACGACCCCAAGAUAUUUUAUGAGGCCAUCGAGUCCCAUACGAACCCCAAAUCGGGUAUAAAACCAUACGACAAGGCAGACUUUGAGAAGUGGUGGGCCGAGUACGACGCCGUCCUAGAAUGCCCCAGCUACUUCCCAGAGGCCAUCCUCGACGCAUACAAGGACGACCCGGACGUCAAGUUCAUCCUGACGGAACGGCGGCCCGAGGGCUUCGCCAAGUCGUUCCGCAGCUCUAUCGGCAGCUUCGAGACGGGCGUGCGCAGCUUCCCGCUCAGCUUCCUCAAGUUCCUGGACGCGCGCAACUACUACCUUUUCCGCAUGGGGAGCAGGCUGUGGGACCACUGCGCCGGCGGCGUGCCGCCGUGGGACGACAGGGGCGACGCCAACCUGAGGAGUUUCUACAGCGACUACAUGGCCAAGGUCAAACCCGCUCUGCCCAAGGACCGGACCCUGGUGCUGAACCUCGAGGAAGGGCUGGGCUGGGAGAAGCUCUGCGAGUUCUUGGGCGACGAGAUUCCCGACGUCCCCUACCCCCGCACCAACGACCCCAACGAGUUCAAGAACAUCGUUUCGCCGCACAUCGAGGCCGGCCUCAACAGGGCCAUGGGCGUCGUGGCCGGCGCCGCCGCCGUGGCUGCAGGCGUGGGAUUCUGGUUGCUCAAAAGCCACGGCCGCUUCCGCUGAGGGGCGUGGUCGACAGUGUACGGAUCAAAAUACUUGCGAAGCGUAAAGGAAUGAGAUUUCUGGACAUGCCUAUAUUCUCGCUGUUUUUGGAUUUGACUGGAAGCCUGCCUGCUUCUGAGCUGUUGAUUCAUCAUACGGGAAAGCAUAUCAAAUCUACAAGCCGAGCAUCUUUAGGCGAUGAUGGCAUUCGGCCACUCAUGGGUUUUCCUAUUCCAUCUUCUGAGGCUUACCUCCUUUAGCACAAGACAGAUAAUUAGCCCCUUUGCCGUACUGUUUUGAUGUUUUCUCUGCCAUAAAAUACCACAAAGAGAUUUCACUACAAAAGUCUUCUCCACGCUUUGUGAUGUG